AUUUGAUUUACGCACCUAGCCAGCUAGCAUUAGCGUUAUUAGCCUAAAAACGCUCAUUCAACACACGCUGCUGUUACAGGAAGAAUGUGACAUGAAGAAAAUGGCAAGCAAGGAUAUUAUAAAUGACAAAUUUCACUUCAGGCACGACCCAAGCUGGAGUGGGCGCCUGGGGCCUGCAAAAGGAGGGGGGCUGCAUCUCUGCAUUGCUUGUGUGAUUGAAAUGUUGGAAAGUGACGAUAUUUCAUUAGUUAGGAAGUCUCAUGCUUUGUCUGCUGUCUGUGGAUUUCUGAAGUGUUUUCCUGGAGCUUUGAGAGAGAUGCUCCAAAAUGACCACCAAGUCUCCAUGCAUUUUAUAAGUUCUCUGAUGGGGAUGCUUCACAUUCUGGUGGACCCAGCCACUCUGGAAAAAGUGGAUCAAGUUCUAGUUCUGUUGCUUUUGGAGCUCAGGAGUGAGAUGCCACUACUUUAUGUAUUGGAUCAAAUCAACAAACAGAUGAUCGACCAGCUCAAUGUGAAGAGUUUUUUGCCAACGUUCAACUUCUUAGGGAGUUUGGUGGAAGCAAUUCCCAGUGUGGCCCUUACCUUGGUGACCCAUUUUGUGCCCUUGCUUGAUCGCCUCUGCUCGGUUUUGCUGUAUCCGGAUGAAGAAGUGAAGGCUUCAGUUGUCUAUAUGUGGCUCAAGUUGCUGGGAACCACUGGGGGCUCAGCAGCUCAGUCCCUGCCAGUCACUGUUCGAGACAGAGUCUGUACCCUGUUGAUACAGACCUUUGCCAAUGCCAGUCACCCCCAACUCAUCAACAAUUGUAUUGCUCUUCUUUGGCUUCUAGUGCAGUGGGGAGAGGCAGUGUCAGUUCUUAUGAGCAAUGCUGCUGAUCAGUUAAUGUGCAGCCAGGAUCAGAACAUUCACAUUUCAACCAGUCAGAACUCCAGCCAAAACCAAGAGGAACAGAUUCCUGAUCACUGCCAUCUCCCGCUCAUCCUGAAAAAGUUACUGUUGAGUGGAGAUGAUACAUUGCAGGUGACCAGUGCAAAGUGUAUUGCAUCAAUUCUCAUUCAUUCUCCAAUUCAAUACAGUGCUCCUUUCAUCAAAGCUGGCAUUCCAGAGUUUCUCUUUGAUCGGCUAGCUAAUACAAGCAGUGAAGUGCUGCUGUGGUCUGUCUACAGCUGUUUGGUGUUACUGAUUGAAGACCCAAUUUUCAGUUCUCAGUGUCACUCAGUUUACGGUAUUGAAUCCCUGGUGAGCAGUCUGAAACGGGCAGAGCAGCUAACCAACGUGGAUGUGCUGAAGCAAGGGCUUUUGCUACUCACUAAGAUACUGGAAAGGGAGUCGACAAACGUGCGCCUAUUUCUUAGUCCUCCAGCAUUUGUAGCAGUUUCUCAAGCCGUUAUUUGUGGGCUUUCUUCUCCCUGCCUACAAGUGGCAACACAAGGUUCCAGUGCUGCUGCCGGCCUCUUCAGAUUGAACCACCAGUCUCGACCAGUCCAAUACCAGGAUUUACAAGGACUACUUAGGGCCAUCACAAGAAGAUUCUCUGAGCUUCAAAUACCCAGAUCGAAUAGCCUGCAAAGCAGAGUGAGUCUGGAAAAGUCACAGCACAGUAGUCUGUUCUCUUUGUCAGAAGGAUUUCUGCUCCAAUCACUGCUCUGUUUUCAAGCUGCUUGCAGAUUGGCUGUGGAGUGUGCAUCAGAUCCUGUUCUGAAGGAGAACACAUUCACAGCUCCGACAAAGAAGAGCAAUGGCCCUGACUCACUGGAGUCUCUGUGCCAGUGCAUGCUGCAGUGUUGUGACUCUGUCUGGAUACCCACCGUUGUUAGGAUGUGUGAAUGUGCACCGAAUCCUCAGAUAUUACAAGUCUUCUACUCAAUCUUGUCCUCCCAAUUCACCCUGCUUCCAUCUGUAACUACGGCCUUUGCAAAUAAGAUGGCAUCAUCUGGUUUCUAUAAACUGGCAUUGGAGCACAAAGGGAUUUUCUGUGUGGGAAACAGAAAUACCCCUUUAAAUGCAGCUUGCUGUGAUUUUCUACAGAAACUCAGUAUGUGUCUGUUCCGCCAGUCAUUUUCUGCUCCUGGCAUCUACCAGCAGGAUGCAGAAGAAAUAGAAAACCUCCUGCAGUACAGUCUUUCCUCUCUUUGCUGUCGGCUCUCAGAUUGGCCGACUCUGCUGUGUGAGUCCCCAGGGCUCCAACUGUGUGAUUAUAAAGGCCCAAGAGCCACUCAAUACUGUCUAGUAAUAAUACUACACCUCGCCUUGCAGCAAGGAGACAGGCUCCUUCCAGACCAGACAGUGUUUUCCAGUGUAGUUUGGUUCUUGCGUUCAGUGCAAGAGGAAGGUAGCUGCACCCUCCCUACUUUUGUCCUACGAUCAUCUCUUUACCUGCUGGCGGUAACACAGGAUAAGAGCCCUGCUCUUGAAGGGGCUAGUUUGGACUGCAUUGACAAGGCACUCUCUUCCAGUCAAAGUUUCUCAUCGCUCUACAUUCACCAUUCUGCCCUCCUCCACUUUAUUUGUGGCAAUCUGCUGUUGAAAGAAAAAUUUGGGGCCCUGGUCUUGGAACUUUGGCUGAACAAACAAGCACAGUCCACAGAUGCAGAUGUGACCAUGACAGAAAGACAUGUUAAUGAGAAGAGGUGUGCCGAGGACGGGCGAGAACAGGAGCACAGCGCAGAAAUUGUGGAACUCCUAUCUCUGUUAAAGAAGUACCCGUCUGUCAUCAUGAUCCUCCUGGACAUAGUUUGCAACAAGGAGGCCUCACUUGCAGAGCGAGCACUGGCAAUUCUCACAACUCUCUUAGAUGGUCAAAGUAACUUUGAGGAAGACCUGUGUACCAGCCUGAAACCUGCACUACUCCAGGCGCUGCAGAAACUCAGUGUUGAAAGGAUGGGCUUUGUGUAUGGACAGAAACAUGUUGAAGAAGUUAAUUCGCUCCCUCUAGUGCUCAGGCUCCUUUGUGUAACCCAUGCCGCCAGCAAUCCACCUUCCACACCCUGCAGCAACAUGGAUGAAGUGCACUUCAAGCUGCUGUACCAAGUGAGUAAUAUUGCAGGCCGGCUGAAUCAGUCUGAUACAGAGAGUCUGCUGCCUGCCCUGAGUUACCUGUACUGCUAUCUGAGUCGCUCUCCUUCUCACUGCACUGACCGAGCUGUCCCCAUGCUACUCUCCAACUGCGGACUGAUGAACCAGCUUCAGACGAUCCUUUCCUCGUCUUCAUCCUCUGCACCAUUCGUCCUCUCUUCAGAUGCUUCUUCCUCUUCCCUGCUGUGCUGCAGUCAUCUACUCCUGUCCUCCCUCAUUACUUUGCAACAUGAGCUCUCCAUCCAGGUCCACAAAAUCCUCAGUUGGAGCUUGGAAACCGCUGUGCAGCGAAUGGUUAUUCAGAAAAGAAAUACAGACACUAUCUUGCUAGUCAGCUACUUGAGGUUGCUGCAGGCCUUACUCAGUGUUGACUUGAACUCUGCAUUGGUAUGUGUUACCACUGGACCUGGCUUGGUUGGCCAAACACCUCUGGAAGUUGAAGAUGGUGCAUUAUUCCCUCUCGGCUCCAAAGGGGCUCAGUGCCUCUUAAUUGCUCUCAGUGGACUUAUUUUACAGAAGAAUGAGCUACUGUUAAGAGCCUCAGUCAACUGCCUAAGUUCCGUGCUGGGAUUCCUUCAGAGGAAAUAUCCUCAGACAGCCAAUUAUGUGGUUUCUCAGCCAUGGAGUCGAUUCCUCCUCUAUUCCCUGCAUUGCUCAGGAAAGAGCUUCCUCCUGCACCCAGCCAUUCUCAGGGUUAUCACACUUGUAAGAUGUUACACGCGCCUCACAUCUUCAACUCAAGCAUCAUUCAUGGAGUUCAUGCGGCAUGGCAGUCAGGUGGUUCUGUGGGAGCAUCACUUACUCCAAGUGAUGGAUGCAGUAGAGAAGAAUGGUGUUAAGAAACUCAGUCAGGAAGCUUCACAAGCCCUCAGGCUACUACUUACACAGAUGCAGAGUUGUGUCUUUCAGCCUCCACCCACUGAGGAACACAAGCAGAGAGUGAAGAGGGUGAUGGAGUCCCUGGACACACUGCCGCCUUUUGAGAGCUUGCCCUGCGAUAUCCUGUAUCCCGAAUUUCAAAUGAAAAUUUCUAACAUGUUGGGAGUGUUUCCAUCUGUCUGUCUGACUUCGCCGUGAGCAGUGAAAGUUUUUUUUGAAAAUUGACAGGUUUAGAAAGCAUUUUGCCAUUCCAGUGUGUCUAUUAGUAUCAGAUAGUUUUACAUUUUCUGAUAACAAAUACUAUGAUUAGAUAGUCUUACAUUAGUGUUAUGUUCUGCUUUUUGGUCCUUGUAGUCAUGUUCAAGGCAACAGCGGUUUUACACAUAAUAGAUUUUCUGUCAAUACAAAACUGCUAUUCCUUUACAGAAAGCAAAUGC